AUAGAGUCUUUACAUCCUUACCAUGGCUUGCAAGGGUGGGUCAGACAAGACCCCGCCUCCAGGUUACACAGUCCAUCCAAGUGACCACCGCAUUCAAAAUGUAUCAGUUGACCUGGCUAUACUACCACAAGAUACUCAGUCUCCUGCCAUACCAGUUGUAGCUGACCAUCCCACCCCCUCCAUAGCCGAUGGUGAGCCCAUCCUGCAGAGUGGAGACCCAGAUUUUGCCUCCCAAGCAGCAGUAACCAUCACUCCAACGGUUAGCUUUAUAAAUGGUAGACAUGAAAUCACACUGGAGCCACACAGCCAGAUAGAAGAAGAGGCCAAAGGUACCCAGAUUAUGACAAAUGUGACAACUCUGGGAGCAAGUGAUGAAAUAACCACAGUGUUUGAUUAUACCGAUCUCCCUGUUGAUAGCUCCAAUGAAUCUAUAGAGUUGCAGACGACAAUGCUGACCUCUACAGAGAUCCAAAAUGAGUAUGAAACUGAUAUAAUCCCAAUAGUCGAAUCGACACCUCCUCAGAUACUCCCUGGGGUAGAUGAACUCACUACAAAAGGCCCAACACAGAAUCACACAACCUCUGUUCCAGCCUCAACAAUGGAGAACACAGAAUCGAAAAGUGCACUAAAAGUUGAAGCUGGCCCAGCUGUCACAUACGACACAGAGAGGAUGUAUAAUGUCACAGCUACCUCUGCUGACUUUGUUCCUACAGUAACACCAGCUGCACCACACAUCACCACAGUAACUAAAGAAACCCAAACCACGAAGGCUGAUGUGAGAACCACGUCUGUCGUUACCACAUCUGCACAAGAAGAGGUAGGCGAGUCAGGGAGGACUCCGCUGUAUGUGAAAAGUGACUCAUACGUGACUCAGACAGAGAAGCCCAAGGACGAAUCCCCUGUUACUUCUCCAACUGAACUUUACAGAGUCAGAGAUAAAGCAGAAACCACAGAGGAGACAAAGAGCACAUCUGCCCCUCCAGCUGCUGAAGACAGCCCUCGGUCUACAUUACAGACUGUGUACACUCCCUUCUCGGAUGACGCUGAUGAGACAACACUAACAUCAACAACUAGUGACUCACAGAGCUCCACUCAAGAUGUGGAAGGAGAGAAAGAGACCCAAGCCCCAAAAGAAUUUGCCUUCAGCACAACAGCUCCUUUAGUAUCAAGUAGUUUAACCACUCAUAAACAGACAGCCAAGACUGAGAUAGCACCAGCUAUAGAUGUACGCAGCACUGAGUCAUCAGCAUCUGUACCAUCUACCCUGGCUGAAAAUGUAGAGCGUACAGUCACGAGUCAGGGAGGAAGUACAGCCAGCCAAAUGUCUUCAGUCUCAUCAGCAGAGAAAGCUACAACUGAUGCAAUGUCUACACCAGAGGAGGAGGGUUCGGGGGUUCAAACGGUGCAGCUGACAACUGGCUCACCAUCAGAAACAUCUGCAGGGACAGCAAUAUCAGGCAUUACACAUAGAGAUCAAGCUACAGGGGAGAGUGAAAUGAGGUGA